GGUCCCCAGUCUCCAUGCUCAUUCCUCACAAUCUCUCCUCUAUUUAAACCCCAUUUAAAUGAUUUCUUUCUCUCACUCACCUCUCUCUCAAUUUCCACUUGCAGAGAGAGACGCCAAACAACAUGGACACCACCAACAACACUUCCUACACUCCCUUGCCGGGGGAAGACCCCUCCGCCGCCGUCCCUCCGCCGACCCAUCGGAGACCCUUUAAGGGUUUUGCCGUGAUAUUCUCCUCCGUCAUAUUUCUCUUGUCAUUUGUCACAUUAGUUAUCCACCAAGGACCGGGGGCGCCGCCAAAAACAGUGCCAGAACAACCGGAUCACCACCACCAAUACAGGCCAGCUUCAACCAGUUCAGAGACGAGGUCGUUUUCAGUGCCUCGAGGAAAAUUAGAAGGAGUAUCGGCCAAAUCGUACCCUCAUUUUUCAGAGGAAGCUUCAUAUAAUUGGACAAAUGCCAUGUUUUCCUGGCAAAGAACUGCAUUCCAUUUCCAGCCAGAAAAAAAUUGGAUAAAUGAUCCGAAUGGGCCGUUGUUUCACAAGGGAUGGUAUCACCUGUUCUACCAGUACAACCCGGACUCAGCUGUGUGGGGCAACAUCACAUGGGGCCAUGCGGUAUCAACGGACAUGAUUCACUGGCUCUACCUCCCGCUCGCCAUGGUCCCCGAUCGAUGGUUCGAUGCGAACGGAGUGUGGACCGGGUCCGCCACCCUCCUCCCUGACGGCCAAAUCAUAAUGUUGUACACUGGCAGCACCAAUGAUUCCGUGCAAGUACAAAACCUCGCCUACCCUGCCAACCUAUCGGAUCCCCUUUUACUUGAUUGGGUCAAGUACGAAGGUAAUCCGAUUUUAACUCCGCCAUCCGGGAUCGGAUCCACUGAUUUCCGUGACCCCACAACCGCGUGGAUUGGUCCCGAUGGCAAAUGGCGAACUACCAUUGGAUCAAAAUUCAACAAAACUGGAAUUUCAAUGGUGUACACCACCACUGAUUUUAUAAACUAUGAGCUCCAUGAUGGGGUCUUGCAUGAGGUCCCGGGUACGGGUAUGUGGGAGUGCGUGGACUUUUACCCGGUUGCUAUAAACGGGUCCAAGGGUUUGGACACGUCGGUAAACAACGGCGGAGUUAAGCACGUGCUGAAGGCUAGUUUGGAUGACACAAAAUUGGAUCAUUACGCAAUUGGGACUUAUUUUAUAGAGAAUGAGACAUGGGUACCCGAUGACCCGACUAUCGACGUUGGUAUCGGGUUGAAGUAUGACUAUGGAAGGUACUAUGCAUCAAAGACAUUUUAUGAUCAAAAUAAGGAGAGAAGGAUCUUGUUGGGUUGGAUUAAUGAAACUGACACUGAGACUGAUGAUUUGAAGAAACGUUGGGCUUCCCUUCACACCAUUCCGAGGACGGUGUUGUUUGAUAGCAAAACUGGAACCAAUUUGCUUCAAUGGCCGGUGGAGGAGAUUGAAGACUUGAGAUUAAACAGUACCGAAUUUACUGAUGUUUUGGUUGAAGCAGGAACAGUUGUGCCACUUGAUAUUGGAACUGCCACACAGUUGGACAUAUUCGUCGACUUUGAAAUCGAGUUAUUGGACACAGAGGAGAGCGUGAAUGGGAGUUCAGGGUGUGGUGAUGGUGCUGUAGAUAGGAGCACAUUCGGACCCUUUGGCAUUUUGGUCAUUGCAGAUGAAUCUCUUUCCGAGUUAACCCCGGUUUAUUUUCGAGUUACCAACUCGACCGAUGGGGACGUCACGACUUACUUCUGCGCCGACGAAUCGAGGUCCUCCAAGGCUCCUGAAGUCUUCAAACAAGUUUAUGGAGGCGAAGUUCCUGUGUUGGAUGGUGAAACUUAUUCUGCCAGAGUGUUGGUUGAUCAUUCGAUCGUGGAAAGCUACGCGCAAGGGGGCAGGACGGUAAUUUCAUCGCGGGUUUACCCGACAGAAGCAAUCUAUGGAGCAGCAAGGCUGUUCUUGUUCAACAAUGCAACAGGAGUGAAUGUCAAGGCUACCCUCAAGAUUUGGCAGCUCAACUCAGCCUUCAUUCAUCCUUUCCCAUUAGACCAGAUUUAAUCAGGGACGUUAAUUUAAUUCUUGCAGCACAAGCAAAACCAUCUCCUUCAUCACCAGCUGUCAUUCAUCACUUGGCUGCCAAGGAAUCACAAAUUUUGUGACAAGCAAAAUGUCGAAAAUGUGCGUCAUUGGUGGUGUUUUUGCUAUUUUUUUUCAUUGGGUUGCCAUUCAAUUUGUAGUUAAAGGCAUGCCCUUAAGCGAUACAAGUCGAUUUAGAUUCCAAGAAGAAUAAAUUAAUAAAGUUAUGCGUUCAAUUACUCGA